AUGCUUUCCUGAAACAGCCGCUACAACCCGAGCCGCGCUUAUGCGUAAUUUGGAUGAAACCCUGCCCGGAUGGGGGUUUUGGUGACAGAUGGUGACCGGUAACGGCGUCUGAUUACACGCGCGCGCUGCUGCCAGGUAAGCAGCGGAAUGGGGAACCAGAUGGACAGGCUGUCUCAUCUAAGUUACGCAGAAGUUCCCACGGUGGACCCGAACGGCCUGGACACGGACGACGGUCCGAGGAUCGGCGUCUCUUACAUAUUUUCCAGCGACGACGAGGAGCUGGAGGAUGGCUGCGCGGCGGACGGGAGGGGAAAGGAGCAGACGGAGGAGGAGAAGCACUACGACCCGCGCGAGGAGGUGGAGUGCGCCGUCUACAACCGGGAGGAGUGCGUCUACGAGAAGAGCGCAAAGUGCGCAAACCUGGAGGUCUACUCCCCUGAGAACCUGCUGAACAAGUGCAAAGCGGGGGACCUGGUGGAGUUCGUGGCUUCGGGCCAGUACCCGCACUGGGCUGUGUACGUGGGGGACUUCCAGGUGGUGCACCUGCACAGAGCCGAGGUGAAGAACAGCUUCCUGACUGACGCCAGCCAGGGGAGGAGGUGUCGGAUCGUCAACGACCUGUACAGGUUCAAAGCCCUCGGUCCGGACAUGGUGGUGCAGAACGCCAUGGAGCAAGUGGGCCUGAAGGACCGGGAGCUGAGCUGGAGGAACUCUGAGAGCUUCGCAGCCUGGUGCAGGUUCGGCAAGAGGGAGUUCAAGAUGGGAGGGGAGAUUCGGAUCGGCAAGCAGCCAUACAGGCUGAAGAUCUUCCUGUCGGACAAACUCUCGCACCUGCUGGAGUUCCAGAGCCUGGAGGACGUGAUCAUGGAGAAGAGGAGGAACGAUCACCUGGGGAGGACAGCAGUGAUGCAGGAGCUGAGCUCCCAUUUCAGGAGCGUGGAGGAGAGGAAGACUGACCCUGGACCUGGACCUGAAUGA